CACCUUUUGUAAAUCGAUCCUUUCAUGGGGUCGUUCAUACAUAUUACUUGGAUACGUUUGCCUACAACAACUAAUGCGGUUUUGUUCGGGACCAACCUGACUUGACUAAGAACUGGGCACCGAAGAGAUUCAAUGGAAAUAUUCUCCUUCGCUCAAGCACCCACUGGGUUCUCACAUCAUCGACCUGAUUGACCUCAGGACGCUCCACCGACAGUAUAUUUCAUGGAUUGCAAAGACGCUGUCAAGCGAACAGCCUUCAUAAUUUUGAAUUGAACUUCAGUAUGGCACUGAUGACGUUAUGUCAAGGGCAAGCACUCGCCUCGGGAUCGUGACCCACUCAGGGUUCACUAACUACUAUUCCGUGUUCCCACUAUCCACCAAUUUUCCAUUGGACCAGCCGUCUGUAUAUGGGUUUCUCGAAUCCUUCGAGAACCGGGCCAGACGAUACAAGCCUACAGAGAACCGUGACGGAGGCGAAACUGAGCUGCGGGUCUGCCUUUUCCGUGGAGAUACAAAAUACAGGCCAGAUACACGAUUAGUACGGUCUCUUGCAAAGCCGGUUGUUUCCGCUUCGCAGAUUCUCACUCGAAUCCAGCUUACCGUGGUCAAACUCUCAAGCGAACGACCCCAGACAGGCCCUAGGUGGGACGAUUCCCGAUCCAGCAUAUGCUGCCACUCCAAUAAGAACAAAACUCACCCGGCGUCGCCGGCCGCCCUUGCCGUUAUCAGAUUGGGCUCCGGUUUGCCCUGUGCUACUACUGCAGCCAUCGGUGCGUACCACAAAGACUCUCCCUGUCACUGGAUGCUGCGUAUGCAGGUAGCCUGACCUUCCUGCGCCGGUGAAUGCAUAGUCUUCAAGUGCUACUUUAGCGUAAGGAACUGCCUCGCGACACGUGUCACUCCCGUUAAUGUCUAUAAUUUCCCUUU